UAAUUGAGGAUUCUUUCCCCUCUCCAUUUCAAAACUAUUUUUAAAAAAAAUCAUCUAGCUCCAAAUACUCUCAAAUUCCUCAUCUAGUCUCUAUUACCAUGAAAGAACACCAAGCAACAUCGAAAAACAAGCACACUAUGAUUAUUAAUAAGCUCAUAUUAUCUUGUAUGUUCUUCAUAUUUCUCUUGUAUUUGAUACUAAGAACAAAUUCUCCAUCUUUCAAGCUAAACAACCUACCAAUAAACUCAUCAACUUCCUCAACAUACAACAAAAUUCCACCAUCUCUUGCUGAAGCACUUUUCCACUAUGCAGCUACCAAUAUUACACCCCAACAAAAACACGACGAAAUUUCAAUGACUUUUAGGGUACUUGAGAAGAAAUCACCAUGCAAUUUCUUGAUCUUUGGACUUGGAUUUGAUAGCUUAAUGUGGAGUUCAUUCAAUUAUAAUGGACGAACUAUCUUUAUCGAAGAAGAUAAAGAUUGGAUCGAGAAAAUUACUAAAGAAGUACCUACCAAAAUAGAAGCUUACCAUUAUACCUAUGAAACUAAACUUGAUCAAGCCACUGAACUUCUAAAUAUUGGUAGAAGGGAAGAUUCUUGCAAAGUUGUGGUCGAUCCAAGAAAUUCUAAGUGUCCACUUGCCUUAAAAAAUUUGCCAAAACAAGUGUAUGAAAUUGAGUGGGAUGUGAUAAUGGUAGAUGCACCAACAGGUUCUUCAUUUGAUCAACCUGGGCGAAUGAAAGUGAUUUAUACUGCUGGAUUAUUGGCUAGGAAUAAAGAAAGUGGAGAAACUGAUGUGUUUGUGCAUGAUUGUAAAAGGUCCUCCACAGAGCAAGAAUCCAGGGCUGCAGUCUUCGUUGCACAGGUCCUCCACAGAGCAAGAAUCCAGGGUUGCGGUCUUCUGUUAUGGUCAUAGUGAGACCUUGGACGAAAUUGCUUUGAGUGGGCAAGAACAAUACAACUCUAAAAGUGAGUUAUUGGGUGAAAAAUGUCUUCCUUAUGUAGACUCAUUUUUCACCCAAAAAGGGCUCAAAAAACGUGUAGGUUUCUGCUUGUGCAAAUAUAAUCUUA